UUGCGGAGGGGCGGGGCGGAGGCGAUGAGCGUGCUGCUCCCCAACAUGGCGGACUUUGACACCAUUUACGAGCUGGAAGAGGAAGACGAGGAGGAAGAGGAAGAGGAAAAGGAAGCGGAAGUGGCGGUGAGGAGGAGCGGCCAGGAGGAGGAGGAGGAGCCGGAGCCGCCCUGGAGGCCCCCGGAGGCGCCGGAACCCGUGGCUGUCAGGGGCGCCGGGCAGAUCACUGUGUUUGGCUUGAGCAACAAGUUUGACACCGAAUUUCCUUCUGUCCUGACAGGGAAGGUUGCCCCAGAAGAAUUCAAGACCAGCAUCAGUCGGGUGAAUGCGUGUUUAAAGAAGAAUCUCCCCAUCAACGUAAAAUGGCUGCUCUGUGGCUGUUUGUGCUGCUGUUGCACCUUGGGCUGCAGUCUGUGGCCAGCUGUCUGUCUUACCAAAAAAACGAGAAGAUCAAUUCAGAAGUUAUUAGAAUGGGAAAAUAACAGAUUAUAUCAUAAGCUUGGCUUGCACUGGAAGCUGAGUAGAAGGAAAUGUGAAACCAGCAAUAUGAUGGAGUAUGUAAUUCUAAUAGAAUUCUUACCAAAAUACCCCAUAUUUCGACCUGACUGAGGAGUGCGCAGUGUUGCCUUCCGUGUUACCUGUCAUUUCCUACCCGUAGUGCCUUGUAGGGGAUGUUGGAGAGAAAGAAGAUGCUCUACUUUGCUCUGAUUUUUUUUUAAAAAAGGAAAUCAAAAGUGUUCUUUGGUAGAGUAUUAUUAUUUUUGGCUUUGUUACUUUCUUUUGUUUUAAGAAGAAGCUCAUUUGCACAUCUUUUUUUAAAUGUUGAAACGACGAGGCUUGUGUAUGCGUUCUUGAAUUUAUGUUUGUUUUUAAAGCAGUAACUGAAAAACAAAAGUUACCACUGUGGAUAUCAUAUCGAUGCUACCUGUAGCCUUGUUCUCUAAGCAUGCUGCCUUAUUAAUUUCCAAACUGAGUGUCUGUUUUCCAAACUCAAACAGUAUGUUAUAGUCUGCAUCAACUACAACCUUCACACUCUUUUCCACGAUCAAGGUCUGCUUACAGUAACAAGUAUAAAUGGUUUGAUAGCCUGCUUGCAUACGAGUUGCAGUGAACAGUCCUGGUUUUGUCCUGCACUUGCAAAGUUGCUCAUCUUAGAUUUGGGGUGGAUGGGAGGGAGGGAUGGGUUAGUUGCUUUAACACCACGGUUUUGUAAAUAUUGCCUCGUUGUAUAAUAUGAAAUGUGGUAUUACUACGCCAAGGUUUACAAAUAUGUAAUAUAACUCUAAUUGUUUUGCCACUUUUCUACGUUAAGAUUUAUUACGGAUGAUACCUGUAAGCAUCCUUCUGACUGUACAGACCCAUUCAUGUGCCACAUGUUGAAGCCAUAAUGGGUUGGUACAUAUUAUUGAUUGUUGGGCUCAGGUGCACUUUGUUUAAUGAAUGCAAAAAUGCAUCACAUGUCUCUGUUUCCAAAGGUGUUCAUCACAAGACAUGAAGGUUUAACGUAUUGAACAUGUAUGGAAUCCAAAGAACCGCCAUUUCAAACAGAGGGUUGGACUCUUGGCUUGUGUUUGAUUCUCGGCCGUCCUCCAAGACAAACAGGUUUAGUGUGUGAUCUGACGUUGCAGAAGGUAUUGAGGGACUGCCAUUCAUGGAAGAAGGGAACAACCCUGUGUCUGGCUGAAGGGGUUCUUUGGUUUUCUGCUGUAAUCUUUACAUACCAAGUAUAUUAUUUUAGGAGCAAGCUAACUUAGGUCCAAAACACACUGCAGAAAUGAGCCAGGGCAGUUAAAGCGGUCUCAAACUGGAUGAUUUCUGCAGUGUGUUUUGGAGCUUAAUCCAUAGGUGUGGGUCUUUUGGUAUUUUAUGAGGUUUGUCAGUUGAAUCAAGAGCCAGGGCUCCUGUACCUUUAAUAACUGUGUAGAAGAGGGGAUUUCUUCAGGUGUUACUUGUCAUGCAGACAGCACCUGCUGAAAUCCCUUUUUCUACACAACUCUUAAAGGUACAGGAGCCCUGUUCCUUAUUUCACCUGGCAACCAUAUAUUGUGUUGAAAUUAAUGGUACUGAAUGGAGAAUUAGAUAGCAGGAUUAGACCUUGCAAAGCUAAAAAAAGGAAAAAUACAGCGCAAAAUGAAAUGCGGCAUUGUCUUGCUUUUCCAUUUGAGGGUUAUGUAUUGCCAAAUCCAGGAUUGUAUUAUUUAUUGCCUGCUGUCACAGACGUUUCUCAGGCGACAGUUCAUUGCCUGCUCCCUUUGAAUAACCCAGAAUGCCCCAGCCCUGUCCCCCAAAUCUGACUCUCCCCCCACCUUGCCUCCAAACUGAAGUGUCUUUUUCUAUAGUGUCUCAACAGAGAGACGAUCAAGCAUGUUUUCGAUGCUACGGUACUUGUAAUAAAUUUUGAGCCCAGGUUGUGUGUCUCUUUAGCCAAGUCUGUUUUGGUCAGUGAUUAUAAUAGCAUUUCAGUCCCAUUUCAGGUGAUUCUAAUGCCGUGCCAAGUUGAAAAUGUUAACUUUCCUCUUUUGGGCAGUAUGUCUCAGUUUAAGGAAAAUGUUCCCUAAAAGACUCAAUUUUUCUUAAUGGAGAAGUAAACCUCUUCUCCAUUAGAUUUACUUCCAAUUAUUUUUGUUUCUUCUUACUUUUAGACGCGGUUUAAAUGUUUGCUGUUUUACAUACUCACUUAAUUCCAAACUUUGCUCUCUAAAGGGGCCAUACUUGCAACGGAGAAGAAUCAAUGCUUCUCAAGACAUUUCUCACGAAGGAGCCCUGGGCCAGUGUUGCUACUCAUAUAGCAGUGGCAAAGAGUAUUUCGUCAUUGACCCAAGUGUUGCAUUUUUACGAACGUUUCCCUGCCCAUCUUGUCUUAGGCAGGCAAUGCUAGUGUAGAAAGUUCCCACUAUAACAGUUUGAAGCUUGGUUACACAGUAUAGCAUCCUCACUGUUGUUGGCUGAAAGUCUUUCUCUGUGGCUAGUUAUCUUAACAUCUACGUUUCCAUAAAAUAGAUCCUUUUUCUUAACCUAGGAAUACAUGAUGCCUGUGCCCAGUUCUUGGUGAUAGGCAAAUCCAGCUCAAGGCCUUUUGCUCCGCUUCCGGAAUGGUAGGUGCUCCAUACAUUGCACCAUGUGCUCCCAAGUCCUUUGUGGCUUUGUAGAUCAUUCUGUCUGCACCCUUUGACUUCCUCCCCAAUGAUUCAAGUGGUUCGCUCCUUUCUUUCCAAGUCUUAAAGUGGUUCACCUCUGUGCCAUUUGGCCAGCCUUCCCAAACACACCUUUCCUUUUCUGCACCACCUCAGUUGGCGGCCAAGUAACAGAGGAGAAAGUGCCUUGGAUUGCUCCAAUCCAAACAGAACGAGAUACAGAAACAAUCCAGUUUGAGACCGAUUGAACUGCCCUGGCUCACUACUAGGGAAUCCUGGGAAGUGUCAUUUGUCGUGGCGCCACAGCUCUCUGGCAGAGAAGGCUAAAUGUCUCGCAAAACUACCAAUGCCAGAAUUCCCUAGCAUUGCGCCAGGACAGUUAAAGCAGUCUCAAACUGGAUCAUUGCUGCAAUGUGUAUUGGCUAGAAAACAUGUCUUUAUUGACACUUUGAACGUCUCAGAAGUUAUUGAGAUAGGAUUUACCUUUGCAGAUUCAUACCCUGAUUCAUUUUCCCCUUCUGUACCCUUUAAAAAGUUUAUUUCUGCAGUGUGGAUGGGACCGCAGAGAUGAGUACCUAAAGUGUUUCAUUGGCAGAAUGGGAAAUGCAACCCACAUUUGCUCUUGCUGGUAGGGUCCCAUUGAUCCCUGCAAGGUUUAGAGCCAUUCUGGCCAUUCUGCGUGGCAGAGGUCUAAAGGUGCAAGUGCAUGCCAUAUAAACAAUCAUAAAAACAAUCAUGAAAUGAGUUUGAGCACCAAGGAGUAAGCUGUGUGAACCUUUUCUCCUGUGAAAUCCUACUCCUUCAGCAUGCAGAUUUGCAGUUCUGUUGGGAAAGUGGGCACAGAAUGCCAUAGCAGCUGGUAUUCUCCCAAGCCAACAUGGCAUCAAAUCCAGGCCCAAUCUGGGCUCAAAAAGGCUGGACCCAGUUUUAAAAUAGUCCCAGCACUUGCAUUAAAGGUAGCUUGUGUUUUCUUUUCCCCACACCAAACUUCAGAAUAUACUUUUAUUAAACUUACCCGACUCCCGUUAAACCCGGAAAUCCCUUUUCUUGUGUGGGUUUAAAUGUCAAAACUCUAUAUGCUUAACUGUGAAUAUUGCAUUUCAGCAUCCUGACAUUUUGACCAAUCCUAUUAAACUGAAAGCACUAGCAGUGAGCAAUAAGGAUGUGUAUGUGUAUAUAUAUAUCAAAGCAUUGUUAAUGCUCAGUGUAAAUAGUUAACAUAAAAGAUGUUCAUGUUCUGCAACUAUGUGCAUUUUCUUAUUGUUUAUGGGUAUAUAUAUCUUUGUUUAAACUGUAUGCAUAUUAACGAAGUCCUUAACACUUCUGUUCUGUUUACAAAAUUAUCAUAGCCACUUUUUUAAAUAGGACCUCAUGCCUUGAAGUUUUUUGGAAUAAAAGCCUAAAUAAC